AUGAGAGUUUCUUUACGAUUAAAUUAUGGCCUCGGUGCCAGAUCCUCGAUCUACACAUUCAUUUCUCAAAGUAUAAAUCCUCCUUCAACACGAUGCUUCUCCUCUACUCAAAUCAACAAUAACCUCUCCCCAUUCACACGCCGCCUCUACAAACUCCCCUCCGCACCCUCCGCACCCUCCUCACAACAUGACAACCUCCCCCAAUUCCUCUCCUACGCCUCCAGAAUCUCCCUUCCAGAAUCAAGUACUGUCUACAUAGGCACGCACUACGAGUACACAGUUCUACAAAGUCUACGUCGCUAUGCACUAGCUCUCCACCGGAUUGGCGGCCGCGACGAUGCAGGCAUCGAUCUCGCAGGGACCUGGCACCUACCCGAACACGUGGACUCGCGUGCACUCCGCGUAUUAGUGCAGUGCAAGGCAUUCAAGACGAAACUAGGACCGAACCUUGUUCGAGAGCUUGAAGGUGCCUUGCGACAAGCACCGGUGGGUUGGCGCACGGGCCAGACAGUGGGGGUUUUGGUUAGUCCGCGCGAGGCAACGAAGGGAGUACGGGAUGCGUUGGCUAGGAGUUCCUUCCCGCUUUUCUGGAUGAUGAUUGAGCGGGAUGGAGUGCUUAGACAGGCGCUUUGGAACUCUAAGGCGGAGGAGAUGGGGUUGGGAGCUUUGGGAGUUGAGAUGCGGUAUGCGGAGGUGGAUGGAUCUACUGAGUCUUCGGAGCUUAAGAAGAAGGUUGAACUUACGUGGGAUGGGUCCGAUAUUCCGGACAUGGAGUCUGUUGAGCUUCGUUUGGAGAGGGAGGAAGAGCGCUGGGUUAAAUCUUGGGUAAAGGACUUGGAGGUUGAUAAGAAUGUGUUGUUGGAUACGAUUGAAAGGGUCUUUCCUGGUGGCUGUCCAGAAACAGAUCCGGAUGGAACUGUGGCGGAAGUGCAUCAGCUGAAGGUGAUUGAGGCUUUGAAGCGUGUAUAA